GAACUGGUCAAACACACUCAAGAUGCUGCCGACAGGAGCAACCUGAGGAUCGCUCUGGACGCCAUGAAGGACCUCGCUCAGUACGUCAACGAAGUGAAGCGGGACAACGAGACUCUGAGGGAGAUUGACCAGUACCAGAGGUCCAUCGAAAACCUGAAUCAGCCGCUGGUGAGCUUCGGUCGACCCAAAGGAGAUGGAGAAGUUCGUCUGGUUUCUUCAGUGGACAAGAAGAAGCAGGACAGACAUAUCUUCCUGUUUGACGUGGCAGCCAUUGUCUGCAAGCGAAGAGGAGACAACUAUGAGAUGAAGGAGAUCCUGGACCUAAACGUCUUCAAAGUCACUAACAACCCCACGCCUGACAGGGAGGGUAAAAAG